AUGAAAAAUAUUCUGAACGAACCAACUAUUGGUACAACAGCAAUACCAGCUAUUGCUUUUUGUUUAUUUCAACUUAUGUGUGCUACAACUGCAACAACAAUUGUAAUUGGUGCAGUCUCUGAACGUGGUCGUAUGUGGCCAACAAUCAUUUUUACGUUCAUUUGGUGUACACUUGUCUAUAACUUUAUAUCCUAUUGGAUUUGGUCACCUAAUGGUUGGGCUCAUGCACUUGGCUCAUUAGAUCAUGCUGGCGGCGUACCAAUUCAUAUAUCAGCUGGUACGUCAGCUCUUGUCUAUAGUCUUGUACUUGGCAAACGUCAAACAAUUACAAAUGCUCAACAAAAUAAACCACAUAAUGUAAAUAAUCUAUUUAUUGGUACUCUUCUGACUUGGUUUGGUUGGUUUUGUUUUAAUGGAGGUAGUGGAUUAGUUGUUAGCAUUCGUACAGUAAUCGUCUGUAUUGUGACCAAUCUAGCAGCAUGUACUGGUGGUUUAACUUGGUCUAUACUUGAUUAUUUUCUUUCAAGUCCAAAACAUAAAUUUUCUCUUGUCGGAUUUUGUAUGGGCUCAAUGUCUGGCCUUGUGUGUAUUACACCUGGUUCAGGAUUUGUUAGUAUCCCUGCGUCAAUUAUGUUUGGUAUUGGUGGUAGCAUAUGUGUAUAUUUUGGACGAAAGAUUAAAAAUAUUUUUCAAAUUGAUGACGCAUUUGAUAUUUUUGCACAACAUGGAAUUGGAGGUUUUACUGGUUGUAUAUUAACAGGCAUAUUUGCAGAAAAAUCUAUCCCAGAACUAGAUCUAGUUCAUAUUCAGGGUGGAUGGUUAGAUGGUUGUUGGAUGCAAGUGAUUUAUCAAUUAGUAUUUGCGUCGGCUGGUUUUGCUUGGAGUUUUAUUAUCACUCUAAUUAUUUUAUUGGUUAUGAAUAAUAUUCCUGGUUUAUCAUUGCGUACAACGGUAACUGGUGAAAUAGAAGGAAUUGAUUAUGAUCAAUUCAAUGAAUAUACACAUGAUUAUAUUGAAUUGCAACGAGACCUUUAUGCUACGUUGUAUUCAAAACCAUCGCUAGUAAAUGAAAAUGCAAUGGCAAAAAGAGUCGAUACUGUACAUGAGGUACAACAACAAAAUAAUAUGACACCGGCGAGAAUCCAACCUAUUUCUAUGAUCGCGAAUGCAUGGUGA